AUUUAGAGAAAAGGGGCCCAAUCGACGGGCAGAGAGAGCUGCGUAGCUUUAUCGCUUUCAUCGCGCGUGCUGACAACAGACAACAAAUGCGAAAAUUGCUGCUGCUGCUGAUAGUGGUGGCCGCGUACCUGGCGGUGGUCAAUGAGGCGGCCAGGGGAGGCGGCGGCAGGGGCAAGGGCGGCGGCCGCGGACGACAUGGAAUGGGCUCGCGGAUGCCCAUCAUGAUCCAUCGCAACUCGGAAAAUAAUAACUACUACAACCACAAUGACUCGGCGCAGAUUGUGAAGUCAUCCCAUUUCGAGUUGGACUACAUGCUUGGGCGAAAAAUCACCUUUUUCUGCAUGGCCAAGGGACUUCCGCGGCCCCACAUAACGUGGUUCAAAGAUGGAAUCGAGUUGUACGCACACAAAUUUUUCCAGGUGCACGAGUGGCCGAUAGGCGAGGAGAUUAUCAAGUCCAAGAUGGAAAUCGACCCGACGACGCAGAAAGACGCGGGAUACUAUGAGUGCCAAGCAGACAAUCAGUACGCUAUUGACCGCAGGGGUUUCAGGACGGACUACGUCAUUUACAACAGUUAACUUUUACAUCACUAAACUUGCAUGCUUUAGGGUUUAGAUCAAAUAAAUUUGUACUAAUCUAGACGCGAUGUUUUGCUGUAGUUAUUUUAUAAAUAAAGAUUGAAAGUUUUAAGUUUUAUGAAAAAA